GUGUUCAUAUUUUCUUCGCAGUAGUUUUCAUCAUUAUCAAUCUGCAAAUAUCAAUUAAAGUCUAAAAAACAAAUAUCCAAAAACUUCUAAUGUCGUUAUCAAGUCUUCUGCCCACACCGACUAACGCGGUAUGGGAUCGCGAGGACGAGCGUCGUUUGACAGCCAAAGGUGCUCCAAUGAUUGGUGCCCUGGUGUCCGCCAAAAUAGCAGCGCCACCUUACGGUCAGCGCAAGGACUGGAUACCACGCACAGAGGCUGACUUUGGGGAUGGCGGUGCAUUUCCCGAAAUACACGUAGCGCAAUAUCCACUGGGUCUUGGGGCGCCUGCCAAUGUGGGCAAGAAACCAGAUGCUCUGGCCGUGCGUCUUGAUGAUAAAGGCAAAGUUAAAUAUGAUGCCAUUGCCCGCCAGGGUCACGGAAAAGACAAAAUCGUAUACUCGUCGAUAUCUCAACUGCUGCCCGCUGAAGUUUUAGCCGAGGACGCUGAAGAGUUACAGCGUCCCGACGAAGAAACCGUUGCCGAAACAACCGAGGAAACACGACUAGCUCUAGAGAAACUGACCAACCAGAAGAUUACCUCAGCGCUUCCUGUGCGCCAUGCCCAAAAGGCAGCACCUGCGCAAUACAUUCGGUAUACGCCAUCGCAGCAGGGCGAUGCUUUCAACUCUGGCGCCAAACAGCGCGUUAUUCGUAUGGUGGAGGCGCAGCAAGAUCCCAUGGAGCCUCCCAAGUUUCGCAUUAACAAGAAGAUACCACGCGGACCCCCAUCACCACCAGCACCCGUUCUGCACUCGCCCUCACGCAAGGUGACCGUCAAGGAGCAAAAGGAAUGGAAAAUACCGCCCUGCAUAUCGAAUUGGAAGAACGCCAAAGGUUAUACCAUACCAUUGGAUAAGCGCUUGGCCGCUGAUGGUCGUGGCCUGCAGCAAGUGCACAUUAACGAAAAGUUCGCCAAAAUGGCGGAAGCUCUUUACAUAGCCGACAGAAAGGCGCGUGAAGCCGUCGAAGCUCGCGCCCAGUUGGAGAAGAAGUUGGCGCAGAAAGAAAAGGAGAAGAAGGAGGACAUGCUGCGUAUGAUGGCGCAACGUGCACGUGAGGAGCGUGCUGGCUUACGCAAUCCCGAACCAGAUGCACCGGGUGGUAGUGCCGAUGCGCGUGAACGUAACGAUUUGCGUGCCGAACGACAAAGGGAACGACAACGUGACCGCAAUUUGCAACGAGCUGCACCAGAGAAACGCACAAAGUUGCAGCGCGAACGGGAGCGUGACAUAUCUGAGCAGAUUGCCUUGGGCCUGCCAGCAAAGAGCGCCGGCAAUGGUGAAACACUGUUUGACCAGCGACUCUUCAACACCACAAAGGGCAUGGACUCGGGCUACGGUGACGACGAGGCCUACAAUGUCUAUGACAAGCCAUGGCGCGAUUCCAACACAAUGGGCGCUCACAUCUAUCGGCCUAGCAAGCAGGCAGACAGCGACAACUAUGGCGGAGACUUGGAUACCAUUGUCAAUACGAAGCGCUUUGUACCCGACAAACAGUUUUCUGGAGCUGGUUCGCGCGAUACUGCUGGCGCCCAGCGUAACGGGCCAGUUGAGUUUGAGAAGGAGGAGGAUCCUUUCGGUCUCGACAAGUUCUUGAACAUGGCCAAAAAGGCGCCCAAGCGUGCCGACGAAAAGAACGAACGUGGCAGCCACUCAGAUCGUAAACGUAGCCGACGUGAUUAAGACUAGACUUGACUUCAUAAAAAUAAUAAUAACCUUUUGAUUAAUCCU